AUGGGAAAUAAGCUGGCCUCGCACAUUCAAUCGCAGCUUCAACAUCCGAAAAGGAAAAUCUCAAAUGAUCAUGGUAAUUAUAAUGCUCUGGAUGGUGGUGAAGACGUGGAAUCUGACAAAGCGAACUCAAGAAAAAAUCGUAAACAGCUGACAAUAACUCUCAUGAAGUUGUUCGAAAAACUUGAACUAACUCAGGAUGAGGGCAACAAACAUCCAGGAGAGUUGUCAAGAAUUGCAUUUGAGAGUGCUUUUCAAGGACCCUUGCACUUAUUUGGUAAAUUGCUGUACCGGCACAUGAUGACAGUCAGUGUCACCACAAACCGAGAGAGAAUUACACGAGAGCAGUUUGUCAAGGCUGGCAAGGAGAUCCUGAUGAUGUACGAGGAAAAACAGCUUGUCCGAUUCUACUUCCAUUUCUUCGCUGAAGGAAAAGAUCACCUGACCAUCGAUGAUGCCAAACGGAUGUUUGAGGUCUCAUUUGCCCUCACUCUGUCCCUGUCUCAAAUUCUCUACAAGGAAGAUGAAAGGGAUCCCCGUAUGUUCUCAGCUAUGGCCACUGGCCUGUUUGGAAUUAAGACAGAAAUCAACCAUGAUGAAUUCAGCAAGUGGUUAAAUGAGUCGUGUCCUCACUUGUUUCACUCCGUCCAUAACUGGGUGUCAAAGAUCCUGACUGGCUCGUCUUUACCUCAGGAGAUGGAAGUGGCAAGAGUGCCGCAGCUAGAAGGAGUGGUGGGUACCAACAACUGUACUUCCAUGGCCAUCUUGUGGCUGUUGUCCAUUACUCUUCCUGCCAUCUACACCAAGCCGCCUCCGAAUCCGACUGCAGAUGGGGCUUCUUCCAGCACAAAGGACCCCAUGCUGACUUCUAUGCUGCUGUUGAGAAAGAUGGCCAGGCUGUCCCUUGUGCAAGGUUGGAAAUUGCUGUAUAAUUCUAGUGAACAUGGGCUCUCUCUUAACAGGUUCAACAAUCACGUGUCAGCUUACAAUGCCCCAACGGUGAACUUUAUGGCAUUUGAAGGCAGGAAUCUCUAUUGUCUGGCAGUUGAUCGGAGCUGGUCUGAGGGGCCCAACAAGUUUGGAGGAGCAGACUGCAUGUUGAUCCAGUUGUUUCCCGUGUAUCGUGUUGUCCAAGCUGGUCCCAAAAUGGUGCGUUGGAAUGAGAAUGCCAAGGAAUUCCCAAAAGGCAUCAGUGUUGGCUGCGACGGCAAAUCUGAAGUUCUGCGGCUGACCCCAGAGUUUGACAAGAUUUACCACUACAGCGCACCUUGUGAGAUUCACAAAAUCGAGGUUCUAGGCUGCGGUGCAGAAACUGCCUUACAGGCUCAGAAAAGCCAGAAGGACUGGGAGAUCAAAGCAGUGCACAGGGAACAACACCGCAAGCUGAGACCUGAAGCUUAUGGCGAGGACUGGAGAAACUGCCCAGACACACAGAUUCUACAGUGGGGUGGAGUGGAUGUUGGCAACCACUCCUACAACCGAUAG